UUCAAACAAAAAGUCAGUGGGGUCCUUGAUGCAUGGAGGUACCUGACCCUGCUUGAACAGCUCUCUAAUGUCUGCUAGCUCUGGAUAAGCUGUCAAAAUACCCGGCUCGACUUGCAGGGUGUAGUCAAGUGUGCACAAAACUUGUUGCCUGCCCCAUUGAUUUGGACUGUCCUGGUAUUCAAAAAAUAAGUCCUGGAUUUUUUUAAAUGUAGAUCCUGUUUUGGCAGACUCCUCUGUUUUUGAUCAUGUUUCAUCAUCGUCUAAGUCGAUCCAGUCUUACUCACUGUCAAAGAGUGGAAAGUCAGACAGCAGGUGCGCCUCGGGCUGCCUCACGCAGUCGAGGAGUCUCUCCUCAGGGAACAGAUUGUCCUAAUAUUCAAGAUCAGGAAGAUUUCAUCUCGCAACUCAACUUUUCUCCAGCCAGACAGAUGUCGUCAACUGUGCGGAGUGAGGGAGGAGCAGGGAGCUAAAUCUGAACUCCUGGAUCUAAGCUACCACCGACCGUGGAACACACUUUUACCAAAGAUGUGCAGGACUCAGGACAACAUAUCUGAUGCAUUUAAUUUGAUGUCACGCUUAAACAGAUUCUAUUUUUUGGACGCGCUGUAACACUUUAAAGUGAAGUUUGUUUGGGCUUUUUUUUCCGGCUGCGGUCUGCUUGGACUCAACUCCAUCUGUGCUCAGCUCAGCAAGGACAAGAGCGAAGGAGAUGUGAGUUUUUGUUCAGCUCGGGCUGGGAUAAAGAGCAACUCUGGCGCCUUUGUAGUGAUAUUAGCAAAGAAGGAAGUAAACGUUGGCUGGGGUGGAUUUAAACCGAAGUUAUAAAAAUGACCGGAGCCACAGUAACUUCUUUCAAACAAGCUUUGAAGAAACCGCCCUUGUUACAGACCGCAGAGGACCUCCACACCAUCUACUGCCACCUCUACCACAUGGAUGUCCUCUCUCACCUCAGGAAACAUCAGCUAAGGUCGAUGUGUACCUCGGCUAGACAUGAAUGACACGAGGCCAACCACAUCCUAUUCUUCCCAGACAGCAUUGCAACCUGUUGGUACAUUCUACUCUCUGGAUCAGUGUUUGUCAAGGAGCAUAUGUAACUGGCAAGAUGCUGUUUUGGCAGGCAGCUGGGGGGCAGAAGAGGUUGUGAAUGCAUCACGUUGGAGCCGUCAGAAAUGAUCAUGGUGGAUAACAGUAGUGAAGGAGAUGACAGUUUUCUGCAGAGAGAAGGUUCACAGGGAAGGUCCAUACGAUGUUUCAGGAGGGUCAAUCCCAGAGGCAAGAGAGAACUCAUCACUGACGGCCAAGAACCCUCCACUUAUAACACAGAGUAUGUCAACAAGCUUCCUGCUGACCUCAAUAAGAUGCAUGUCACAGACCAUACCCAUCAGCAAGUGAUGCACAUGGCUCCCAGCCAGUCAGGAUGCAGCAUUGCCAGUGACUCAGGGAGUAGCAGCCUAUCAGAUAUUUACCAGGCCACAGAGAGCGAGCUUGGAGAUGUGGAUCUGUCUGGACUUCCAGAAGCUGCAGUGGACAGUGAAGAAGAGGAGGAAAAAUAUGAGGACUUGGAGAGAGCUUCGGACACUCUUUUGGGCAGAGACUUAGUCCGAGAGUGUCUGGAAAAAGAUCCUGCCGACCGCAACGAUGAUGACAUCGUGCAACUCCUGGAGUUCAUGCACCAGCUGCCUGCGUUUGCCAACAUGACGAUGUCUGCAGAUGUACUCAUUGCCCAAGAGGAAUACUGUGGAAGUGUCCUCCACCAUGUAGAGAAGAACAUGCAUAAGGUUGAGGAGGAGGGGGAAAUUGUAAUGGUAAAGGAACAUCGUGAGCUGGACCGAAGUGGCACCAGGAAGGGGCACAUUGUCAUCAAGGGAACUCCAGAGUGUCUGAUUAUGCAUCUGGUGGAGGAACCAUCAGUGGAUGACCCUACCUACAUCGAAGACUUUCUGCUGACCUACAGGAUCUUUCUGUCAAGUCCCAUGGAGGUCGGCAAGAAACUGCUGGAAUGGUUCCAGGUUGACAGCCUGCGAGACUCGGUAACAAGAAUAGUGUUGCUGUGGGUCAACAACCGCCUCAGAUUUAGAGGUGCUGAUCCUCAUCCCACCCGCUUCCCAGUGAGUGUUUGAGGUCACAGGCUGAUGAAGCCAACAGGACCACAUCAUCUGCAAAAAGCAGUGAUGAGACCCUGAGUCCACCAAAUUGAAGACCCCCCGACUAUGCCUUGAUAUCCUGUCCAUGAAUAUCACAAACAGGAUUGGUGACAAGGCGCAGCCCUGGUGGAGGCCAACGCCCACCAAAAAUGAGUCCAACUUAUUUCCAAGCACCCGAACACAGCUCUCGCUUUGUGAGUACAAGAGACUGAAUGGCGCCGAGAAGGGACCCCCUCACUCCAUACUCCCACAGCACCCCCACAGUAUCUCUUGGGUUACUCAAUCACAUGCCUUCUCCAAGUCCACAAAACAGAUGGAGACGGGCAUACUCCCAGGCACCCUCCAGGAUUCUUGUGAGACUGAAGAGCUGGCCGGUUGUUCCACGACCAGGACGGAACCCGCAUUGUUCCUCUUCAAUCAGAGGUUCGACUAUCGGCCAAACCCUCCUUUCCAGCACCCUGGAGUAGACUUUACCA